AUGGAGAAGAUGCCCUCCUCGCCCACAUUGAUCUUCAUGGCCAUCUUUUGCCUGGAGUCAUUGGCUGCAAUGCUGCAGAAUGGCUUCUUGGUCACAGUGCUGGGCAGGGAGUGGGUAAGGUGCCGGAAUCUGUCCGCAAGUGACAUGAUUGUGGCCUGUCUCGCUGCCUCCCGGUUCUGCCUCCAUGGGGUAGCCAUGGUGAACAACUUCCUGGCCUCCCUCGAUUUUUGGCGCACAGUUCCCUAUGUGAACACCUUCUGGGACCUUUUCAAUGCCCUCACUUUGUGGUUUACUGCCUUGCUUGCUGCUUUCUACUGUGUGAAGAUCUCAUCUUUCUCCCACCCCACCUUCGCCUGGCUGAAGUGGAGGAUCUCUCGGUCAGUGCCCAGGCUGAUCCAGGUCUCCCUGAUCAUCUGUGGCCUGGAAGUCAUCUCAUCGGCCACUGGGAAUGUACUGUUUGGUCCGAGGAAGGUCUCCCUGAAUUCCUACGGAAACGAAACUCUAGUUUAUAGAGUGCAGGCUUCAUUUGAGCUCUACUUUUUCCUUUAUGAAGGGUUUGUAUUGUUGAUUCCAUUCCUCCUGUUCCUAGUGUCCACUGUCUUGCUCAUAGUCUCACUGUGCUGGCACUUGGGGCAGAUGAGGGACCGCAGGCCCGGGCCCUGUCAUCCCAGCACCCAGGCUUACACCGUGGCUCUAAAGUCACUCACCGUUUCUCUCAUCUUCUGUACAUUGUACUUCCUGUUCUUGUUUGUUUCUGCUUUGAAAAUCAUAAACUUUCAGAAUCACUGGCACUGGGCCUGGGAAGUGCUAAUCUAUGCCAACAUCUGUCUGCACUCUACCUUCCUGGUGCUGAGGAGCCCCAAACUGAAAAAGGGCCUGAAGACAUGGCCUCAGCUGCAGUGCCCAUGUGCUGCUGGCUCAUAGGGCUUUGGAAGGUGCUGGCCAUAGGGUGGUUCUGCUCCUGAGUUAUCCGUGUCAAUAACCAGCCCUGUGACGAAUGAUCCUGGUUCUGGCAGGAAUGCAUAUGGUUUGGGUUCUGUCUUUCUCUUUCCAGUUUCUUCUUUCUCUCCCACUUUGUCCAUGCCUCAGAAUCCCUUUUCCAUCUUGCUGUCUGUGUUCUUACCAUCCCCUCCACUGCUGUGAGUCUCUAGUCCUAGCCUUCAAUCACCUUGGCCUUUGC